GUUGGCACAAGCUACCCAGCUGCCCUUUGGUCCGAGCCGUACGUUGCUCGGCCUUUUGGGCAUGGCGUUCGUCGGCGCGAUGUUGGCGGCACUGAUCACUGUGGUUGCAGCGAUGGAGGAUUGUCACGACGAGACCUGCCACUCUCCGCAGUUUUUGCAGCUUCAGCAGCAAGUCCGGGCACGCGCUCAGGAAGUAACGCAUCCGUGGCCACACGCGCGCGGACGGAUGCCACAGCAGUAUGGGACCACACCUGAGACCUGGACGAGUCACAAGUUGAGCUGGAGCUUUUCAGAUCCUGACGGCCAGUUCCACAACAUGUUCUCCGGGGGAGCCGUGAUUGAUGAAGAUGAAAACCUCUACCAGAU